AUGACUGGAGUGUCAAUAGACGGGAUUGCCAACGACGGCACCGCCAAAGAGGGUACCGCAAGGGACGGAGCCGAGAGAUCCGGAAGUGUAAUCGACGGCACCCCCAGAGAGGGUAGCGAGAGGGACGGAACCGAGAGAUCCGGAAGUGCAAUCGACGGGAUUGACAACGAAGGCACUGCAAGGGAUGGAACCGAAGGAAGGCCGAUUGUAGGCAGCGUCAGGGACGGCACUGACAAGCCCGGAAGUGUAAUCGACGGCACCUCCAAAGAGGGUAGCGAGAGGGACGGAAUGACUGGAGUGUCAAUAGACGGGAUUGCCAACGACGGCACCGCCAGAGAUGGCACAGAAAGCGCCGGAAGCGCAAUUGAGGGGACACCUGGGGCUGAAAAAGAGGGAAUUGCCAACGACGGCACGGCUAGGGAUGGAACCGAAGGAAGGCCGAUUGUAGGCAGCGUCAGAGACGGCACUGACAAACCCGGAAGUGUAAUUGACGGCACCGCCAAAGAGGGUAGCGAGAGGGACGGCACCGAGAAAUCCGGAAGUGCAACAGACGGGAUUGCUAACGACGGUACCGCCAGAGAUGGCACAGAAAGCGCCGGAAGCGCAAUUGAGGGGACACCUGGGGCCGAAAGAGAGGGAAUUGCCAACGACGGAACCGCUAGAGAUGGGACUGAGAGAUUGGGCACAGACAAUGAUGGGAGUGAGGGUGACGGCAGCGCAAUCGAGGGGACCACCGGGUUUGAAAGAGAGGGGACCGCAAGCGACGGGAAAGGAACCGCCACAGACGGGGCUUCGAGAGAUGGCAGUGCGAUGGAAGGUAGCGAGAGGGAGGGAACUGCCAAGGAGGGAAUCGAGAGUGACGGGAUUCCCAGAGACGGCAAGGCGAUAGAUGGCGCUGCGCCUGAUGGCACCGCCAAAGACGGCCCGGCCAGUGAGGGGAUCGAGAGUGACGGCAAACCGAGAGAUGGCACUGCUACAGACGGAAUCGAGAGAGCAGGCAGCGUAACGGAUGGGAUCGAGAGUGACGGGAGUGUAAGCGAUGGCACCCCCAGAGACGGAACUGCUAGAGACGGGACCGAGACAGCAGGCAGCCCAAGAGACGGAAUCGAGAGCGACGGUAGUACCAAUAGAGGAUUUGAGGCGGGGGAGGUCGCCGUCGAGGAUCUCGAACCAGAUGAGGAUCUCGAAGUGGGCGACGAUAAGAGGUUCGGCAGCGUCAGGCUGGGCACAGAAAUAGUGGGAAGCGAGAUCCCAAUCUGCGGGAUAUUGAUUGCCGGCGGCGCGAUUGUGAUGGGCUGGAACCUGAUGGCUGUGCUGCUGACGAGCACAAGGUUGAGCGGCACCGCAAGCACGACGGCCGCUGGGACCGAGGCCAUGCCCGCGACGACGCUGCGUAAGAGCAUCUUGGGCAAAUGGCACGAGGUGUUGGCAAAGAUGUGA